GCUGGAGACACUGCUGCAGAAUGUUUAGAAGGCCGAUGUUUUAAAUUUGGUUAAGGACGGAAGCUGUUGAAAACAACCAUGUCUGGAAAGCAACCAUGUUUUAAGGGCUUCACUCAACAAGCUGAAGGGACCAUGCAGGAUGCUGGUAAGAAACUCACUCAUCUAUCUAUCUAUCUAUCUAUCUAUCUAUCUAUCUAUCUAUCUAUCUUGGUUUCACUUCAGAUGCCCGAUGAAAAGGAGUUUUGUUCUCAGGGCUGGUUUAUACAUUCUCAGUAGCAUCAAGCUGGUCUCCUUCCUUCUUGGUCUCUGCUUCUUGUAAACCAGAAUGCACCCCUCUGAAAAAGUGUCUUGCAGAUUGAAGACACUUCCAACUCUAUGAUUCUAUGACUCUAGGAACUAACUCUUCCAACUCUAUGAUUCUACAACUCUGUGGCAUAGCAAGUUAGGCUGUAUCCACACAGCAUUUUAUUCCAUUUUCACAAAGUUUCCUUAUCUGAUAAUUUCCACAUUUUAUGCAAUCUUUCCCACAAUUUAAAGCCACUUCUGGAAAAACAGUGGAAUCUAGCAGAAGUUUAGUGUACAUUUCCAGGUUAUUUGGCUCCAGGGGAAAAAAUAAUCAAUUUUACAACCAGUUAACUGAGCAAAUUGUGGGAGUUCUGUGUUGUAGUCUCAGGUGAAGAAAUUUCAGGCAGUAUUCAAGCAUACAGUUUUUUCUACCAUAUCAAAUUUAGCACGACAUGGCAGUAUAUUGAGCAACAAGUCACAGUUCCAUAAUGCAACAGGUGAGGCAGUAUAAAAGAAACAUUAAAAUCUGGGGUAGAUGUGCUAGCAUUAUACGGUAAUUAGGAUUGUUGGUAUCCAUCUGUCUUGGGAGACAAUGGAGGAGUGCGUCUUUGGGGGUGAUGUCAAAACAUUGGAAGGUUACAGUGCCUGCUGUGGCUGUAGAGACCGAUACAGGAGAGACAUGCUUUGUUGCAGCUGAGGCAGAUGAAGGUUGUGCUGUUGAAUGCAGCCUUAGACUUCUAUAAACAAGGUGUUGUUGUUUUUAAAUGCUUGAAGGAGGCUGAAUUUCAUUUUAAAAAAACCACCCAUGUGCAGUCUGAAGUGGUAUAGUCCAGGAAGAGCUUCACCAAAGAACAGGUUAGCCCUUCAGCAACAGGGAUCUAACUAUGGCAUUUCUUGAUUGACAUUAUAUGGUCUGCUUAAUAGUCCUGAGCACUGACGUGGAUGCAGCUUACUUUUAUUACGUUUAUUCCAUUGUAUACUGCCUUUCCUCUGGAGAGCUCAGAACAAUGUGCCCCACUCCCAAUUUUAUCCUCAGGACUACACUGCAGGGGUGCCAAGUUGAAUAAAAUUGGGGAGUGAGCCCCACCCCACAUAAACGAUCACACGAAGUGAUACACGCACACCAUUUGAAUGGCAAUGCCCAUCAAUUUGGGGGGGGGGGCCUCAAAUAUUUUAUGGAGGCCCCCGAAGGGACCUCAGCCCCUAGGAGUUGGCUCCUAUGCUAUGCUGUGAGAUAGGUCAGGCUGAGAGAUGGAAUAGCAAUGCAAGCAUCAAUGGUUGUUGUUGUUGUUGUUGUUGUUUAGUUGUGUCUGACUCUUCGUGACCCCAUGGACCAUCGCACGCCAGGCACUCCUGUCUUACACUGCUUCACGCAGUUUGGUCAACCUUAUGUUAGUAGCUUUGAGAACACUGUCCAACCAUCUCGUCCUCUGUCGUCCCCUUCUCCUUGUGCCUUCAAUCUUUCCCAACAUCAAGUAGGGGAGUGGUGUGAGCUAGCCAUCACUGUAGUACGCUCAGAGGAAUGGCGAGAUUUCUUUUCUGUACCGAAGUUAAAUAGCCUUUCCUGCUCACCCCAUUACUUGUGAUGUCACUGCUUUCCCCCCUCCUAAAAACAACUCAGUUCUGAAAAACAUAUACAUUCAUGUCCUCAGAUGCCACUGAUCUGCUAGGUCACAACCAUUCACCCAGGUGCUGUGAUAAGGAAGAUCUUGUUUUUCCUAUGAUAUCUAUGUACUCAGCAUGCACUCAAAGAACAUCUUGUUAUUGUCUGCUGAUGCGUGUCUGAUAAAGUUAUCAAUCUGAACCACAAUUCUAACCUCAUGAUGCAGGACCACACAGCUUGUGGACCCACCAAGAGGAUCUCACAACCCAUCAACUACAAAUGGAAAAUGUGCCAGGGAUUCAUUAAAACCCUUCUGGGGCUUCUGCAUGCAUGCAUGGGUCUGCAAAAACACACCAUGGAUACCAGAUGAUCCUCAAGUAUUGCUGAUGUUUUCAGCUUGGUGGGGGUUACACUUUGCUGGGGGCGGGGGAGAAAUGUGAUUCAGAUCACAUUAAAAGGUGAGCCAAACUGAUUUGCACUUCCUGAAACAAUACAAGAACCAAAAUGCAGCCAUCCUUCAAAAUUUGCACUUCUUCAAAUUUUGCAACACAGUUCUCCGAUCAAGCAAUAUGUACAAAAAUGCCUAUGCUAUUGUAAAGUGUACAAAAAAAAUGUAUGCAUUGGUGAAAAUAAUGCACAAAAAUGUUAUAUAAGGGCGACUGCCUAUGAAAAUAUGCAUAUUAAGCAAAAUUGCAUACGAAGAAUGUGUACAUUAGGCAAAAACACACUAAAAUGAUGAAUUUUCAUGAGGACUUUUAAAAAAUAAUAAUAAUUUGCAAAAUGAUCUCAAAAUUUCUACACAUUUUUACAAAUGAACUUAAGAUGGGAAAAAAUAGCAACUGAAAGUACCCAAAUUUACAGAUUUUCUCACCCCUACAGUUUGCACAGGUUUUAUUAUAAACUGCUCCGGGAGAAGAAUACAUCCUGAAGGAAACCUAUGAUAUAAAUAAAAAUAAAAUGAAUAUUUCCCUUUGAUUUUCUUAGUGCCUUCCCUUUGCACAACUCAUUUUUUAAAAAUUAAAUAAAUCUCUUUUUUCUCUUGCUUGCAGUAAACAAGGUGGGACAGGCCACGCAGCAAGUUGUGGACCAAGCUACCCAGGCCGGUCAGAAAGGUAGGACUCGAAAUUGCUACUAGCUUAAAAGCAGAUUGUCAAUUCAGAAUGUUCUGUGCCUGUUCCAUUUAUGAUAUGUGUAUACAACCCUUGGUAGGUUGCAUAAGGUCAGCGGUAGCCAAGCAUCUGCUUUGUAAACAUAAUGUCUUUUCCCAGGGGAACUCUGAAAAAUAUAGCUCUGUGAACAUGGCAGCUGACUCAGUCUUUGCCAGUGUCAUCCCAAUGAGGAAGGCGCACACACUGGAAUUCUGCCAAGUGCAGGGAAAACGCAGCAACAUCACAACUGACCUCAAAGCAAGAUCCCAUCCCUAAUCUCUGACUGGCUAGGGAAAGGGGAAGCUGGGACAUGAGGAGUCAUUGAAUAUUAAGUGGGCUAUCUUACUUUUGCAGUAGGAUAGUGGUUGUUCAGACUGGGCAGCACAUGGAAGCUACACAUUAGGAACCAAGUGCUUGGGAAACCCAGAUUAGUAACAUCCUUCCUUCCCUUUUUACAGCUGUGGACCAAGUGUACAAGGCAGCUCAAGAUGGUGUGACCGACCUCGAGAAAAAAAUUGGACUCAAGAAAUGAUGGCCAUCGUGAUAUUGAAAUCAGACCAAAGAACGUUUGGCAUCCUCAGAUUCACACUUCCCUCUUCCAUUCUGUCAUAAUCCUUAUCCUUACGGAAAGCAUGAAAUUCUCUCCACCCCUCCUUUUCUGAUUUGUAGAUUUGCAGUCCAAAGAAAAGAAAGAAAAGGAUCAUAUCGCCACCUUCCUUCAGAAGGAAAAACGUGCCAGAUUUGGACAACUGAAUUGUCUAACUACCUAGUCCGAGGCAUUUCGGCACCUGUGAUUGUCAUAUGGCAUGAAAAAAGAGGGCUGCCCCCGAGAUAAGAUUUUUAUAUCCCCUGCCAGUCUCACGCCUCAUUCUUGUAAAGACAAGACAUACUACUACCACCAGUAUAUCAGGAGUCAUACCAAGGAUGGAAUUAACUUACCUUUUGUCUUUUGUCUCAAAAAAUAGCUGUCAACUGGCUGCCCCUGGGCCAAAUUAAGCAGUACGUUUAUGACCCUCCUAAUUUCCAAUCCUAGAGGCGAAAGAGGAAUGGAAAUGAGCAGCAUCAGUGACAGAGGGAUUUUGGCAGGAAGCCAUUUCAGUAGAUAAGGUGUGAAGCUUUGUCCCAUGCUUCUACUCUCUUGUUAAAGUGGUCCCCCUCUGGCAACACUAGUUGUUGACCCAGGAGAGAAGGGUUUUAUUUUUCAAAGUUAUUCAUAUUGACUUUCCCUGUCCAAAAAAUUGUUAGGCUCCAGGAGCCUGCCAUGUAGUGCAUUUCUUGGAAUGUUUCCCAUUGCAAGAAAAUGUGGGUCAGCAAUACAGCACUGCACUGUUAGCCCUCCACCCUAUAGGACCACAAAUAAACUGCAAUUUGCCAUCGCUACUGAACAAAUAACAAUCAAUGCGCAACUUUGCUUGUCUUCCUGAGAUCUGAACAACUGCACUGUGCAUAGCCAACCUGCACCUUGUGUGCACUUCUGCACAUAAUGUCUUUUACCACUAAACCUGUGAAGGUUUUCUGGUGGAUGUAUUUUGAAAUAGAUCAACUCCUUUCUUGGUCUUUAUCUGAGAAAUGGGCUUCAUCUAUAUAUAGUUUAAAACACAGUAGGUGGAAUGGUUUCUAAUGCUGUGUUAGUUUGCUCCACCAUGGAGCUAGAGGUGUGCAGCCUGACAGUGCAACACUGCAUUGUGAGUUCUCCAUGCAGGAUCAAACAAUUGGAGGAACUACCACCACUUCUGAUACGCAUUAUCGUGAAUGCGCAGAAAAACCCAUUGCCAUCUGGGAUCAGUUUUUGAGAUCUCAACAAUUGUACUGUGCACUUCCAGGCUGCACUAUUUUUAGUUGAAACAGACUGCUUUCUUUAGCAGAGUAGUCUGUAAUUGUAUUGAAAACUCUGCAGUGAUGCAAUGUUAAGGCAGUCAUAAGAAUGGCUCUUAAGGCAGUCAAUGGCAACUUUUGCAAAACUGCAAAGUUUAUUGAGGAGGGUGCAGGAUAGCAAUGGAACACUGUGUUGUUCGCUCUCUUCCAAGCAAACACAAUCAACCAACCAACCAACCGGUCAUAGCAAUACCCAUAAAGCAUAAUUGUUAACACAGAAGUACUAUUUGUUGCUUUACCUUUCAUGUCUUUCCUUUUCUUGACUUGAAUGUUAAUAAUAAUAAUAAAUAUGCAUGACAAUCUCAA